AAAGAUCAUGGGACUUCAAUCAACGUGAGACGGUAGGCAAACUCCAUGGCUGAAUGGGAGGGGAAGGAAGGGAUAGACCCUAGUCACUUAGAAGACCUGGGGCUAGAUAGAUGGGCUCCAAAAGCACUCCCAUAGCGCUGGGAGUGGCCAUAGAGCUGGACUGAUUUAUUCUAGAGACCGGGGGAAGUCAUGCACACUUGUAUUAAUAGAGACAUCUAGGAACUAGCCAAGAAUUUCCUCUUAGGAAUUUCCUCUUAGGUAUUGAUCCAAGGUUUUGUAUGCCUUACGCUACAGACUACAGGAGGGCCGCCUUAAAUUUCGUAUCUCGAAGUGUGUCGCUACUUCUCGCGAGAUUUCUUGGGUGGCUUAACCAACUGUAAAGGGAAAGGAGAAAAAUUCCGCGGUUGCCCUGAGCAACAGGAAGUUGACAGCGCUGUGCAGAAAGGAUUGUUGAUACUUCGAGUAAGACCCAGGCUCUCGGAAUCGAUGGGGCGGGUAAAUGGGCUGGUGCCUUGCCGUUUUCUGACGUUGCUAGCUCACCUGGUGAUCGUUAUUACCAUCUUCUGGACCCGGGCCAGCAACGUCCAGGCCAGUCUGCCUCCCAAUUUCUCUAAAGAAGAGUAUGACGAGGAGGACUAUUGGCUGGUCACUGCUCUCUGCAUUACGCUGGGCCUCUUUCUGAUAGAGCUGAUAGGUUUCUUUUCAGGCGUGACCAUGUUCCACAGCACACAGAGCCUCUUCUCUAUUGGGGUGCACUGCUGCGCAGCUGUGUCUUUGGCCUUCUUUGUCUUUGAGCGUUGGGAGUGCUUCGCCUAUUGGUACAUCUUCAUCUUCUGCAGGUGCGGCACUCUGGGUCACCUCCUGGGCUGCAAUGGAGAGGCUGCCCCUGAGAAGGCACCAUUAUCCCUCUUUCCUGCAUUAAGAACUGAUCCUGGGUCGGUGUAGGUGCUGGGACUAGGGAAUAUUUAUUACAAGGGAGUGCCUAAUUACACCUCUUCCCUCUCACAGUGUCCUCCCAGCUUUCACUGAAGUAGUAAUGAUGAUUUCUGUCUUCGCCUUAAAGAGAAAAUCUUUCUGACCAUCAUUCCACAAACGUGGGGCAGAAGACCUAGAGGACUUUGCAAUUGGCCGGAAGUCCUUGGAGAAAAAAAAAAGUGGAAAGACUAUCAGCCCCUGGGCUUGAGGGACAAUUUUUUUAUUCCUCUGAGUUCUUAUUCCUCUGAGGUUUGGUUUGAUACAAUAUCAACAUUGUAUAUUUCCUGAUAAAAACCCAACUUUCCUACCAAAACCAAAGCUGGUGAAGCCAAGGACAAGGGACAUUUGGGGUUGCCCAUACACAGAAAGAAGGAAGAACUAGAAAAGAGGAAUGGACCAGGUGGAAAGCUGGUGCUUUCCUGUCCACUCCAGACCCUUAGAUGCUCUUUUUUUUUUUUUAUGAUUAUGGGCCAUAUCUCUGGACCGAAUGCAAAGAAAGGGGUGAAGUUGAUUUAUACUAGCAUCAUCUUCGAGACAAUGCACGAAUGAGGCUUUCUAAAGAGGCUGCUUAUCCUUUACAAUGGGUCUUCUGGGGCAAAAAUGGAUGAAACAGUUCUUCAUAAUUUGGGGGUUUGUGGAAAGAGGUGAUGCAGAGCAUCACACCAAUGUAUCAAAGUUGGAAUGUCCUACUCUUGGCUCCUAGAAGAUAUUCUUUAUUAUUAAUAAGGCAUGUCUUGAGUGGAUAUGACCUAUCUCAUCUGUAAAAUGGGCAAUAUAUACUAUUUGAGUUAUGUGUUAUGGUGAACUAAAAGACUCUUGAACACUUGCUAGCUGUGUGACCUUGGAAAAGUCAUUUAACUUUUUGUUUUUAAGCCUCAGUUCCUCAUCUAUAUGUAAAAGGAGAUGUUGUGAGGAAUUGGGCAGAGAGUAUCCUGUUUGAGUUCCUUUUUUAUAGUAUACCUCAAAAAUACACUCUUUCAAACAGGAUUAUAGGUGGGACAUUCCACUUUAGAAGGUAAGAGUAAAUGGCAUUCCCCUAGAAGAGAUGAGUGUUAUUGCUUAGUACCUUAAUCCAAUGAGAUAUGAUCAUAAGAAACAUUAAAUUGGAGUCUGAAUUUGUGUUCCAAUUCUGUUCCUUGCUAUCUUCUAGAUUUGGGGUAAAUCAUCAAUAUAGGCUCCUUGCCUCAUUUGGAGAAGUAAGACAUUGGCUGUAAGAUUACUUCCAGUUUUAAAUUUCUGACUCUUUGGUUUGAUAUGAAAAAGAAGGUUAAAGCAUGGCAUUAUUCUAUCCCUGAAUGUUACAAAUAUUUUUAAAAAUAAAAGCAAAAAGAAGUUGGGAA